AUGCGCGCAAUUUCCAGCUCGUUGCAUCUCUGUGCGCGUCGUCCUGCUACUCUGGGGUCGCGUCUCGCCACACCAGUCACGGGCCUACUCCAAAAGCAAUGGACAAGCAACCAAUGCUGUAGUAAAAAGAAUAGCCCGAAAACACCAGCUCCCGUAUCUAUCGCGUCUACCGAGUUUUGGAGCUCGAGAGCGGUAUGGAAGAGAGCGUCUGUCAACACCACGCGAUGUCUCAUCGGCUGCACAGUCGGUGACUUUUCUGCCAUGUGGAUGCUUCAAGCCUACUACCCAGAACUGAGCAUGGGGAUUGUCAUGCCAAUAUCCAUGGCAUCUGGUAUCUCAACGUCUAUUCUUCUCGAGACAGUCAUGCUACGCGUCGGUCGCGAUGGUUUGACAUGGCUCACUGCUGUAAAAACAGCAAUCGGCAUGAGUCUAAUCUCCAUGUUGACCAUGGAAGCGGCAGAGAAUGCGGUAGACUACUAUCUGACAGGUGGGAGAGUCGCGCUUGAUGAUCCUUCAUUCUGGAUCGCGGCUCUGGUCUCUAUUGCCGCUGGGUUUCUAGCACCGCUACCCUAUAAUUACGCGAGGUUACGCAAGUAUGGAAAGGCCUGUCACUGA